UUAAUUUCGAGUUCACUGUGUAACUUUCAAGACUGGCGAGUAAAGGCCUCACCAGAACCACUCGCUGCCGAAGCUGGGGACGGAGAAGACCCCCCAGUGGAUGAAGAUGCCGAACUUGGCCUGGUCAUACCACUCCGGCAGUGGCCUGGUGUCGAUGGACUCCCAGUUGGGUUCGUAUUUCGCUUCGGUGACGCCGAUAGACAGCAGGCAAACGAGGAAAAACGUAGCGGUUAAAUACCGCCAUUUUCUGUCCAAAUCACUCGAUGGCCUCAUUAAAAGCAGAAAAGUGAAGAAGAUACAUUAAGCGGGUCACUUCUUGGCCUCUUUUUUUUAACUACUUACAAACAAGGAAGUGAAAGCGGCCUUAGAUGAUGACGUAUGCUUGAUUUAACUGCGUAACAGUUUUCGGCAUCGACUGGCAAGUGAAAUUUCCGUGGGAGAUUUGGACAGUGUAAAAAAGAUAUUUAUUGUAACUUUUUUAGCUGUUCAUUUCAUUUAGUUAUUUUUGCAACUAUCCAUCUAACGUCAAAAGAAUUAGAAGUUAAAUUCGGGCGAUAACAUUGAGCGGAGACGUCAAAGUGGCGUUAGAUGAUGACGUUAUCUGCUGGGUGCGUUUGUUUUAUCGUAUGGCAACUUAAGGAACCUGUUUUGACACCAGACACUAACAGAGCACCGCCCUCGUGGGAGACUUCUAAUACACAUCCGGCGUUUGAGAAGUGUUACGCAUGCGCAGUUGCCCGAGCUACCCGGAUGUUUUGGUAGCAUCAUGCGUGGCUUCAUCGACUGCCACUGUCAUAUCUCCGCCGGAGAGUUUGACAAGGAUAUAGACAUAGUUAUUGAGGACUCCAAACGGGUCGGGCUGUUAGCGUUGUUAGCCGUGGCUGAGCAUGCGGGGGAAUUUGACAAGAUCAUUGCGUUGUCACAGAGAUUUCCAGGGUUUGUGUUCCCCUGCCUGGGAGUCCAUCCUGUCCAGGAAGUGUCCUCGCAGCAACACAGGAGUGCCUCCCUCCAGGAUCUGGAUGCUGCUCUUCCCCUCAUUGACAAAUACAAAGACCAGCUUGUGGCCAUUGGAGAGGUCGGUUUGGAUUUUACACCCAGGUACGUGAGCUGCGAGUCGGACAAAGAGGGCCAGAGGCAAGUUCUGAUCCGGCAGGCGCGUCUAGCCAAAGAGCUGGACCUCCCUCUAAAUGUUCACUCGCGUUCGGCGGGUAGACCCACCAUCCAGCUCCUGAAAGAGCAAGGUGUGGAAAACGUUCUCCUACACGCCUUUGACGGGAGGGCGUCCGUGGCCGUGGAGGGCGUGAAGGCGGGAUACUUCUUCUCCAUCCCGCCGUCCGUCGUACGCAGCGAACAGAAGCAGAAACUGGUGAAACUGUUGCCCCUGGAGAACAUGUGUUUGGAAACCGACUCGCCCGCGCUCGGCCCAGAGAAGCAGGUGAGGAACGAGCCCAAGAACGUCGUGGUUUCGGCAGAGUACAUCAGCGCGGUGAAGGGCGUGCCGGUGGAGGAGGUGAUGCGGGUGACCACGCGCAACGCACUCCGACUGUUCCCCAAGUUAAAGUCGGCCGUCAAAUUGUGACGGCGGAUUAUUCAGUCAAGUCAGUCAAUUAAACUGUCAAUUUUGUCGCAGAUACCUCGUUUGAAAUUCACUCUCAAGCUCAUGUGAAAGAUUCUGACAGGACAACACUAUUUGUGGUUUCAUUCAUUUAAAACAUAUUUUUAUACUCUAAGUAUGUUGUAGUGUUGUAACCUACGACUCAGUCAUUCCUUGUUAUGACGUAAACAAUACUACAAGACACUUUGGAGAUCACAUUAUUUCAUCACUGCUAAUCGUUCUAGUGUCUUUUUUUUCUUUUCUUUUUUUUGUAAUUAUGAACGUAUGUUUUUUAAGGAAGUUUUUGAUCAAGACUUCAACUUUAACUGCAGUACACAAAAAGAUACUACAGAUAAGAAAUAUCUUCAAGAAUGUUAGUCAACAUUGAUUUCAUUUCAUAUGUUUGUCUUUUUUCUUCAUUUUAAUGAACUUGUUUUGUUCGUUUGGAAAAGAAACUUGAAAAGCAGUCAAAUCUAAAUAAUAAACACAAAUACCU